AACAAGGAAUAACUUUAUUCUUGUGAACCAAUGGAAUCACCCAGUUGCAUAAACUCCCACUCAUACAAGUCUGGAGAAUCAUGACUGUUAACGAAGAGGGAGGGAUUAUCAUUAAUUUGCCCAAAUCUGUAGAGUACAAAAAGACCAAAGGGCAGCAUCUCAACAGUGUGACUAGCUGUUGAACAAUGGCAGGAAGUUGGUAUGCUGUUCAGUCUCUGGCACUUUGUGUCUGGUUUGGUGUUUUCUGUCAUGCUGUUCCAAAGUGGAGUAAUCUUCCCCAGAAUCCUCAAACUCUGAUGUUCCAGCAAACUGACCAGCGGUUUCAACAACCAGUUCAACAGCAAGCUAGUCAACAGUUUUCUCCGCAGUUUCCUCAGUCAGUUCAACAGCAAGCUAGUCAACGGUUUCCUCAGCCAGUUCAACAAGCUAGUCAACAGUUUCCCCAGUCGAUUCAACAGCAAGCUAGUCAACAGUUUUCUCCGCAGUUUCCUCAGUCAGUUCAACAGCAAGCUAGUCAACGGUUUCCUCAGUCAGUUCAACAGCAAGCUAGUCAACAGUUUCCUCCGCAGUUUCCUCAGUUAGUUCAACAGCAAGCUAGUCAAUGGUUUCCUCAGCCAGUUCAACAAGCUAGUCAACAGUUUCCCCAGUCAGUUCAACAAACUAGUCAACGGUUUCCUCAGCCAGUUCAACAGCAAGCUAGUCAACAGUUUCCCCAGUCGGUUCAACAGCAAGCUAGUCAACAGUUUCCUCAGCAGUUUCAGCCUAAGCAGCCAGUGGCACAGGCAGAGCCCCUUGAAAAAUGUACUGUAGCUGAUUAUGAGCAGAUCCAAUGUGGACCACCUGGUAUCAGUGGUGCUGAGUGUGCAGCUAUUAACUGCUGCUUUAACGGACAGCAGUGUUACUAUGGGAAGGCAGUGACUGUCCAGUGUAUAAGAGAUGGUCAGUUUGUGGUAGUGGUGGCUAGAGACGUUACGCUGCCUCGAUUGAGCCUGGAUUCAGUCCGUCUCCUGGGUGGAAAUGAUCCAGCUUGCAGUCCUGUGGGAUCCACACCUUUCUUUGCUAUAUAUCAGUUCCCUGUCACUGCAUGUGGCACAAGCAUGAUGGAGGACAGUGGAUACGUGGUGUAUGAAAACAGAAUGACCUCCUCGUAUGAAGUGGGUAUGGGACCACUUGGUUCCAUCACAAGGGACAGCCAUUUUGAGCUUCUCUUCCAGUGUAGGUACUCUGGUACGUCUGUGGAAGCUCUGGUUGUGGAGGUCAACACUGUUCCUCCACCUCCACCAGUAGCUGCUCCUGGACCCCUCAGAGUGGAGCUUAGACUGGCAAAUGGUCAAUGUGUCACCAAAGGCUGUGCAGAAGGGGACGAGGCGUACACGUCCUACUACAGUGAUGCUGAUUAUCCGGUCACAAAAGUCUUGCGGGAACCUGUGUAUGUUGAGGUGCACAUUUUGGAGAGGACCGACCCCAACAUUGUCUUGAUGCUGGGACAUUGCUGGGCGACAUCAACCCCUAGUCCACUCAGUCUACCCCAGUGGGACCUUCUGGUUGAUGGAUGCCCUUACCAGGAUGAUCGUUACCUGACCACAUUGGUUCCAGUGGCUGGAUCAUCUGGUCUUCAGUUCCCAACCCACUACAAGCGCUUUGUUGUGAAGAUGUUCACAUUUGUAGAUCCAGCAUCACUGGCUCCUCUGCAAGAAACGGUCUUCAUCCAUUGCAGUACAGAGGUGUGCCAUCCCUCUUCUGGCUCUUGUCAGCAAAGUUGCUCCAGGCAAAGAAGGGACGUUCGUUUAAACGCUACCACUUCUGGCCAAACUGUGGUUUCUAGUGGAGAAGUGAGACUGAUUCUAUGAGUAUUUAAUAAAUGAUAUUAAACCUUGA